AGGGCUUGGUACAAAGGGCUUACUUUGAUGUAAGAGAGAUAUAUAACCUUUUGAUACUUAAAGAUGAGAAAUACAAUGAAUAUCUUUUGGGCCUUAUGGAAUGAUAUUUUGAAUGGUCUGACGGUUGUGAAUUUUGAGGAAAUAGACACUUUAUCAUUUACCGGUAUUGCAAUAUUCAUUCUUCUGAUUUACUAUAUCUUCUCAAAAGACAGGGCCCUAAAUAGCAAAUUUCUAGCCUUAGAAAAGAAAUUACAAGUAAUGCUAGAACAGAAAUUUCUGAGAUAUAUAGACUCUGAACAACAGAGAGAUAGGCUUAAGUUUUGGCAACAGGAGCUAGAAGAGAUGCUAGAAAAAAGAAUUCGACAACUCAUAGAUCAAAUUGAACAGCAGGAAAAUAGAGAUAGAAUCUGGAAACAAAGUCUAGAGGAUAACUUACUAAAACUAGCAAAUCAAAAUAAGGCAGAGGCUGCAAUAUCAGAAUUACAACAUAAAGAGAAGCUAAAAUUAUGGAAGCAGGGCUUAGAACAGAAGAUACAGGUAAUUAUGGAACAACAUGAACAACAGAAAGAGAAAAUUAAAUCUUGGCAAUGUAGCCUAGAAGGAACACUAGAAUUGAAGACACAGGAAAUUAUAGAUCAGAAUAAGAGACAGAAAGAUGAAAAUAAAAGUGGUAGACAGGAACUAGAAAGGAUGUUAGAACAGAACAUACAACAGCUCACAAGUCAUACUGAACAGCAGAGAGAAAGUAAUGAGGUUUGGAAGCAAGACUUGGAGAAUAACUUUUUAAAAUUAAUCAAUCAAAAGAUAAUGGAUAACAAAUUAUUAGAAGUACAAUAUAAAGAAAAAUUCAAAGUGUGGAAGCAAAGCCUUGAACAGAGAAUUCAGGAACUCAAGGAACAGGGGGACAGACAGAAGGAGAAAUAUGAAGCAUGGGUACAGACUUUAAGAGAGGAAUUUAAAAUUACAACUAAAGAAAAAACUUGGGUAGAGACAGAAGAUAAAAUUAGGGAAAGCCAACCUAAGGUUAUUAGGAAACAAACUUUAGUCUAUCCAGUUAGUGUACAACAAAGGCCUCCAGACGAUGAUCAUCCACAGGGUUAUGAAGAAUUUGAAUGGCAACCCAUGGAUGUGUAAGAAUUGAGGAAAUUUAAGGAAAGCGUAACUAAUUUUGGAAUGCAUUCACCAUUUGUAAAACAAAUCUUGAUUUCUUGGGCUAUUAAAAAUAGAGUAAUCCCCCAAGACUGGAAAGAUAUGGUAAGAGCAAUUCUAGAGCCUGCUGAAAAUUUACAAUGGAUUUCGUGGUGGAGAGAAGAAGUGAGGAGAUAGCACGACAAAAUAGAGCUAGAGGCAGAGAGAUUUCCACAGAUCAACUGCUUGGUGAAGGCCACUUUGCUGAAGUAGAGGUGCAGGCUGUAUAUGAUGAAGAAACUCUGGCAUGGUGUCGAUUGUCAGCUUUAAAGGCCUGGGACAAAGUUGCAGAAUCAGGGAAAAGACUUGAAACAUUCACUCAAGUCAUACAAGGUCCUAAAGAAACCUUCCCUGACUUUUUACAAAGGCUUACCUCAGCUGUGGAAAGGAGUGUAUCAGAUUCAGCGGCAAGAAAGGCGAUAAUUGAGUCUUUAGCCUUUGAAAAUGCAAAUACCGAAUGCAGUGAAGUAAUCAGACCACUGAAGGCGAGGUCCGCACCAAUAGAUGAGUGGAUUAGAUAUACAGCUGAUGUUGGAUCUUGUUCUCCUGAUACGACUGUGAUAGGAGAAGCUGCCACUGGACAGCUAGAGAUGACCCAAGAUUUCAAAUGUUUUAAUUGUGGUGAGCAGGGUCAUCUCAGAUUUUACUGCAAGAAAAAACAAAGUAAUACCAAAAGGGGGACUGUGCCUCCUGGAAUGUGUCAAAGAUGUGGCAGAGGUGGAUAUUUGACUAAGGAGUGUAAAGCAAUAACAGACAGAUGGGGCCGCACCCUGCCAAAAAAACUCCCAGGGGGGCCUCUCGCAGGCCCCAAUACCAGGCAGGGAGAGUUCUCCUCCUCAGAACAAUUAAACGGCAUGACUUCAAAAAUAGAUGCUCUGGGACCAAAGGAGGCUGAGGGAAGUCCUAUGGACAAUUCCAAAAGCCUCAAGGGGAGCAAAAAAACGAAUAUUUUGGCUAACGUCUAUAGAGGACCAAAGGCCAAAACUAAAAAUACUGGUAGAUAAUAUUGAAAUUGAAGGAAUGGUUGACACUGGAGCAGAUGUUACCAUCAUCUCUCCAAAGUCUUGGCCCACUAGUUGGCCACUUUAAGGAGUGGAUAUGCAGUUUCAAGGUGUUGGCACUUUAUCCCAAAUAAAACAAAGCACCAGGUGGCUUAAAUGUAUAGGACCAGAAGGUCAGGUGGGAAAAUUAAGGCCAUACGUGGCUGAUAUAGCCAUUAACUUAUGGGGAAGAGAUCUACUACAGCAGUGGAAAACUCAAAUUAAUAUCCCCUCAGUUUCAGGGUCUGGUCCUGAAAUUCAUCAGGCUAAUAAUAAAAACUUUAAAUCAAUCAGGGAAUGUUAUCAAGGACAGUUAGAGACUGUCCAAGCUGUCCAUAAGCAAGAUACAGCAGAGACUGACAAUUUAGUGCUACCCCAAGGAGCCACUGCUGUUAAGACAACAACAGCCUUGCCACUAAAGUGGUUGACUGACCAACCCAUCUGGAUUGAUCAGUGGUCUAUGGCAAAAGAAAAACUACAGGCAUUAGAACAGCUAGUCCAAGAGCAGCUGGAAGCUCAGCAUAUAGAGGAGUCCACCAGCCCUUGGAAUUCUCCAGUAUUUGUCAUUAAAAAAACAGUCUGGCAAAUGGAGGGUGUUGACAGAUCUCAGAGCAAUUAAUAAGAUUAUUCAGCCGAUGGGUUCCAUGCAGCUGGGAUCCCACUGCCUUCUUUGUUGCCUAAGGAGUGGCCUAUUAUAGUGAUUGACUUAAAAGAUUGUUUUUUUCACUAUUCCUCUACAUGAAGGUGAUAAGGAAAGGUUUGCCUUUUCAGUGCCUACCCUCAAUAGAGGUCGCCCCAUAAAAAGAUAUCAAUGGAAAGUCCUGCCACAAGGAAUGUUAAAUAGCCCUACCUUGUGUCAAUAUUUUGUACAGCAGCCAUUAGAGAUAAUUCGCAAAAAAUUUCCCCAAACUAUUAUUUAUCAUUACAUGGAUGACAUUUUAUUGUCUGAUUCAGAUAUAAAUAUCCUGGAAAGAAUGUUUGAUGAAGUGAAAAAAACCUUACCUUACUGGGAUUACGAAUCGCCCCUGAGAAAAUACAAAGAGGGGAUUCUAUUAAUUAUCUAGGGUAUAAAAUAAGUCUACAAAGGAUUAGGCCACAAAAGGUGCAAAUCAAAAGAAAUCAAUUAAGGAUACUUAAUGAUUUUCAGAAACUACUGGGAGAUAUUAACUGGUUGAGGCCUGUGAUUGGCUUGACCACUCAAGAGUUGAGCAAUUUAUUUCAAACGUUACAAGGCGAUAAAGAUUUAAAUAGCCCAAGGAAACUAUCAGCUGAAGCUGAGAAAGAGCUAGCUUUGGUAGAAAGGAAAUUACAGGACACACAUCUAGAUCAUAUUGAUCCAAAAAUGGCCUGCAUAUUAGUCAUCUUACCCUCUACUCAUUCCCCUACAGGAAUCCUCAUGCAGAGGGAAGAUUAUAUCUUAGAAUGGAUAUUUUUAGCACAUAAACAGAGUAAGAAACUGAAAACCUACAUUGAGAAGGUCUCUGAAUUGAUACUUAAAGGAAAAUUGAGACUUCGACAAUUAGUUGGAAUGGAUCCGGCUGAAAUUGUGGUACCUUUUACUAAUGCAGAAAUCGCCUCUUUGUGGGUACAAAAUGAACAUUGGCAAAGAGCAUGCAGUAACUUCUUAGGAGAGAUUAACAACAGAUACCCUAAAAGCAAGCGACUUCAGUUCAUAAAACGAACUAACUGGAUCCUCCCUCGUAUAAUAAAGGGAACUCCAAUAUCUGGAGCCCCCACAUUUUACACUGAUGCCAGUAAGUCAGGAAAGGCAGGAUAUAAAUCAGAAAAUGUAAGCAAGGUGACUGAGAGUCCCUAUAAGUCAGUUCAAAAAUCUGAAUUAUAUGCAAUACUCAUGGUGUUGUCAGAUUUUCAAGAGCCUCUUAAUAUAGUAACCGACUCUCAAUACGCAGAAAGGGUUGUUUUGCACAUAGAGACUGUGGAACUUAUUCAGGAUUAUUCUGAAUUGACAUCACUAUUUAUUCAGCUACAACAAAAGAUCAAAAUAGGAGUUACCCACUAUAUAUAACACACAUAAGAUCCCAUACAGGUCUGCCAGGCCCUCUGGCGCAAGGUAAUAAUGAAAUUGACCAGCUACUGAUAGGAAGUGUACUAGAGGCUUCAGAAUUCCAUAAAAAACACCAUGUUAACAGCAAAGGCUUAAAGAAAGAAUUCUCUAUCACUUGGCAACAAGCCAAGGAGAUUGUGAAGCAAUGUCCUACUUGCUUGUUAUAUAAUCAAACUCCAUUGCCUACAGGAACUAACCCUAAAGGCACCCAAAGAAAUGAAAUUUGGCAAAUGGAUGUUCUCCAUUUUACAGAGUUUGGUAAGCUGAAAUACAUACACCAUACUAUAGAUACAUAUUCAGGAUUUCAAUGGGCAACUGCCUUAGCGUCAGAAAAGGCUAAUUCUGUAAUUACACAUUUGUUAGAAGUUAUGGCUAUAAUGGGAAUACCCAUACAAAUUAAAACGGACAAUGGUCCAGCAUAUAUCUCUAACAAGAUUAAGUGCUUCUUUGAAUAUUAUAAUAUAAAACAUGUUACAGGAAUACCACACAAUCCUACAGGACAAGCGAUUGUGGAGAGAUCUAAUUGAAGUAUAAAGGAGAUGCUUAACAGGCAAAAAGGGGCAACAAAAACUCCCAGAGAUAGGCUACAUAGUGCUUUAUUAACUUUAAAUUUUUUAAAUGCUGAUGAACAAAAUAGCACAGCUGCUGAAAGACAUUGGAUUGUGGAAAAGACUACUGAACUAAACCAGGCUGUUUAUAUCAAGGAUAUUCUGACAUCAGAAUGGAAAAUGGGAAAUGUGUUAUGCUGGGGAAGGGGUUAUGCCUAUGUUUCUACAGGAGAAGAAAAGCUGUGGGUUCCUUCCAAGCCGAUAAAGAUCAGAAAUGACAAGGGGAGACCUCCUGAAGUCCUUGGCAACACAGAAGAAAAGGGAGACUAAGACAAUCAACAAAUAGUUUUGUGUGCUGCAGGAUGAAAGAAGAGAAAGACAGCCCUGAAAUGAUCCACACUCUGGGAUGCUGAGAUUCCGGGACCUUCCAGUCCAACUUCGUGUUUGAUUCUCCCUCAAUGACACUGAAGCUGCUUCAUUUAAAGGCUUGCUUUCAGAACUUUUCCAGAAUGGCCAGCUUACUUAUCCAGCCCUUCAGACUGUCUUAGUCAAGAGGCCGAUUCGGGUUGGAGAGGAAACUGCAACAGCCCAUACAUUCGGAUUACCCAAGAUACAAUCCACAAACCACAUGAAGCUCAAGAAGAAGGAUGACAAAAGUGCGGAUCUUUCAGUUCUUCUUAAAAGGGGGAGCAAAAAUAUUCAUAGGAGGAGAUAUGGAGACAAAGUUUGUAUCAAAACCUGCCCUAUCUGGGGAUCUAGCCCAUAUGCAUACAGUCACUUAACCCAGACAGUAUUGCUCAUGCCAAGAAGUACGUGCUGACAGGAGCCUGAUAUAGUUGUCUCCUGAGAGGCUCUGCCAGAGCAUGAUAAAUACAGGUGGAUGUUCACAGCCAACCAUUGAACUGAGAAUGGGGUCCCCACUGGAGGAGUGGGAGAAAGGAUUGAUGGAAUUGAAGGCCCUUGCAAUCCCAUAAGAACAACAAUACCAACCAGAGCUCUCAAGACUAAACCAUCAUCCAAAGAGUACACAGGGACAGACCCAUGUCUCCAGCUGCAUAUGUAAUAGAAGAUGGCCUCAUUGGGCACCAAUUAAAGGAGAAGCCCUUGGUCUUGCAAAAUCUGGACUCCCUAUCCCCAGUUUGGGGAAUGUCAGGGCGGGAAAGCAGGAGGAAUGGGUGGUUGGGUGGGGGAAAACCCUCGUAGAAGAAGGAGGAGAUAGGAUGUGUUAGGGAGUUAAUGGUGGGAAGCCAGGAAAGAGGAUAACAUUUUA